UCUCAGUGGGGCAAGGCACGUCAACGUGACUGAGGCCGAGCUACAUCCACUGUCGUUGCCACAACUGCAUUAUCGAAAUUAUCCCCGACGUUAGACAUGCACGUUACGGUGAAAUAUCACCCCAUUUCACAAGGAGGAGACGCCAACUUCUCGCCGUAACAUCGACAACCAGCACCGGAAACCCGUUAGCUGUGCUAGCUACCGCGAGCUAGCUAAGUUAGCUGUUACAUACCCUCGUUUAUUUCCUCCACGCAGCUGACCUCCACCACAACACAGCCGUACUGGGUAUCAUUUGCUCGCUAGGUUGGGGUCGUUACUCUCCCGUGUCCUCACGUUAGCCCCCCCGUUGUCCCCGCGUGGUGCCCCGUGGACGGUUCCCGAAUAUGAUCCAUAAUGAGUCAGAGAGACACCUUGGUUCAUCUGUUUGCUGGAGGAUGUGGGGGCACGGUAGGAGCCAUAUUGACUUGUCCACUGGAAGUAGUGAAGACUCGUCUUCAGUCAUCCUCCAUCACCCUCUAUGUGUCUGAGGUUCAGCUCAGUACUGUCAACGGCGCCAGUGUGGCCCGCAUGUCCCCGCCAGGCCCCCUGCACUGUCUCAAGUUGAUUUUAGAGAAAGAAGGACCGCGCUCUCUCUUCAGGGGCUUGGGGCCAAACUUGGUGGGUGUGGCACCUUCCAGAGCGAUCUACUUUGCUGCUUACUCCACUGCCAAAGAGAAACUGAACGCUGUGUUGGAACCUGACUCCACACAGGUACACAUGGUGUCAGCUGGAAUGGCAGGUUUUACAGCCAUCACAGCAACCAAUCCAAUAUGGCUCAUAAAGACCCGUCUCCAGCUGGAUGCAAGGAAUCGAGGUGAGCAAAGGAUGAGUGCGUUUGAGUGUGUGCGGCGGGUGUAUCAGACAGAUGGCCUGCGAGGCUUCUACAGGGGUAUGUCUGCAUCCUACGCCGGUAUCUCAGAGACUGUGAUCCAUUUUGUGAUCUAUGAAAACAUCAAACGGCGCCUCUUGGAGGCCAAGGCACCGCAGAAUAUGGACGAGGAAGAGGAGACGUCCAAAGAUGCUACAGACUUUAUAGGGAUGAUGCUCGCUGCUGCCACCUCCAAGACCUGUGCCACGACUAUUGCUUAUCCUCAUGAAGUGAUCCGCACCAGGCUACGCGAGGAGGGCACCAAGUACAAGUCUUUCUUCCAGACUCUAACAACAGUGCCCAAAGAGGAGGGCUACCGCGCCCUGUACCGCGGCCUCACCACCCACCUGGUACGACAGAUCCCCAACACCGCCAUCAUGAUGUGCACCUACGAGCUGGUGGUCUACCUCCUUAACCGUUAAAGUCUUUCCCCCCUACCCGGGGACAGUGUGUGUAACCCUGCCCCUGUUCGGAGACAGAGAAAAGAGAGCCAACUGCACACCAGCCAGAACAGCAACCUGCUCGUCAGAAGAGGACAGAGACAACACCGUGACCUUUGUCUCAGUGACGCAAGUGGUUGUUAAAAAUAAGUUUUGUUUUAUAACCGUAGGGUCUGGCAUAGUGGAGAGGAUCGAGAAGCUCCUCGCAUUGGUUUGGGGAUCUGGGUUUAGCAGUGGCAAAGAAACGGUUACCCUAUUUUUAUUUUAAUUCCAUCCUUUUCUCCCUUCGGUUAAACGCGUUGCUUCUGGAAGCUCCGACUCAGAGUGCUGAAGAAAGAGUUACAGUAUAUUCUGCCUCUAACAAUACUAAUAUGGAAAGACAAGUACAGUGAUUCAUAUCCUUACCACCUAGUGGAUCUAAGACCCCCCUCCAGCAGUAGGCUGUCAUGCCGAUGAUCGGUUUUUAAAAAUAUUUUAUUAGCAGUAUUCCCUGCAUCCAUUAGAGUACCACCAGAGGAUCGGAAUACAAAGAUGGAAGAGUCUGUAGCGAGCUGAAGUAUCUGACGAGGGGCUCUCAAGUUAGCAGAGAAGAAAUGAGUGCUCGAGGCUUGUUGAGGCAGGAUAAACAGGGAAGAGGUGGAGAUUGGGAGGAACGGGAACGGGAGACGUGCCUUGUUUGUAGCCGUGAUGUAGACAAAGAUGCACAAUGGCUGUGGGAGGACGCGAAGCUCUGGUUGACCUGUCACAACAAAGGUUAUAUAGGUUAGAAGCAGAGUCGUACACUGGUAUUGUGUGAUUACAGGUGCCCUUAGCGAACCUUUUUACAUAUCAUGAAUAUAGACACUCGCCUAAUGCUUGUCCCUCAUACUAGUCGGGAUCUCCUCAUGAUGCAGGAAUCGACAUGCAUCUACAGGCGUGCAUUUACACUAAAUACCUACACGGUUAAAAUCAGCUUGCUUAUUAUAAGUCUGCGUAAUGACACCGACCUUGGAACCUGUUUGUGUUUGUGUUAAUCAUGUGUGGAAGAAGAGUAGUCACUAAGGUUAGAUGGAGGGUAAAAAGUCCCCAAACUAAACCAGAAUAUAAUCACCAAUUUAACUACUGGAAUGUAAAUUAACAGGAAGAUUAACUUCACUAAUGACGAAGGUAAAACACUGACCUAUGGCGUGAAUUAUAAAUAAAUAUGAUUAACAAAUUUUAACAAAAUGUUUCAUUGAUGGAGAUGUACAAUACCUACAUAAAAGGCUUGGGAGGUAUCUAUUUAUUAUUCAUUCCUGACAUUUAACGGGGGUAUACAGUAUAUGAAUAAAUGUAGAGGAGCAUCGGUAUUUUUGACGGUAUUGAAAAUUAUAUCUUGAGGAUUUCUAAAUACCCUGGUGUACCGUGAUACCUUGAUAGCUCCUGAGGCCCUGAUCACACAGAAAGUGUUUUAGCAGUCGGGGGCGCCUUUUUGUGAUUGUUUUUAAUGAGAAUCUUCAACUCACAGCGAAAAAACGCCCCGUGUCAUCUUUUUUCUUAUUGUCCAAUCGUAUGAUGUGAGAGGCGGGCCUUCUGUGGUAGUCACAACAACAAGUUUACAGUUAGGAAACAAUGGAGGAGAAACUGGUGGGAGCAGUUGCUGGAAACCCAGA